AUGGAGUUUGCAGAGUUGAUCAAGACCACCAAGGUGGACCAUGUGGUGCUGUCACGUCCAGGACUCCCGUCUGUCAAAGGGACACUUUGCAUCACCAGUCACCACCUCCUUCUAUCUUCCCAGCCAGGGGGAAACGGGGAACAGGGCCAGAUUGAGCUGUGGCUUCUUAUUCGCAAUGUGGACGCCAUUGAGAAAAGGUGACUGUCUCUCCCACAUCAUACCUCUCCUACCCCCAGCCCCAGCAUCACUCGACCCUGUUAAGAAUCACUGAGGCUCCAUAUGCAUGAAAUCAAAAUGCUGUUGCUUUGCUCCCCGGGUUGUGAACUAACCAAACUAAGCCUUACAGAACCUGAGCAAGUCAGAACCCCUUCUAUUCCCCCACACCAAGAACAACUUGCAACGGAGCUGCAGUUUUUAAGAGAAGCAUUGCUGAACCUAAACCUGAGCCCAGAUCGAGGUCUUGCAACGUGACCUCAGUGCAAAAUAUUAGCAAAUGAUGCAAAGCUCUGGGGAGGGCUGUAGCUCAGUGGCAGGACAUCUGCUUGGUGUGCAGAACAUCCCAGGUUCAGUUCCCAAAGGACAUCUUCAGGCAGGGCUGGGAAAGACUCCCUGCCUGAAACCCGGCUGCCAAUUGGUGUAGACAAUAUUGAGUUAGACGGACCAAUGGUCUGACUCAGUAUAAGGCUGCUUUUUAUAUUCCUAUGUUGUUCCUAUCGUGCCCACCUCAGGCUAGUGUCCUGGCUCAUGAAGUCACAGACUAAUAGAAGCAUAGAAUUGUAUAGUUGUAAGGGACCACAGGGGUCAUCUAGUCCAACCCCCGCAAUGCAGGACGAUUUUUCCCAACCUGGGACUAAAAGUCUCAUGCUGCACCAACUGAGCUAUCCUUUUAUGCUUAGCAGUAAUAUCAGAAGAAAGUGCUUUAGGAACAUGGGGAAUAAAAUCUUCCUCUUCUAUAAUACUGAAUUACUCCUUUCCUCCGCUCUAAGGUCCAGUUGCCACCUUUUACCCUGGCUGUGCUCCGCUGCUCUUUUAACAGCAGCCUAAUGUGUGGACAUGGGUGGGACGCGGGUGGCGCUGUGGGUUAAACCACAGAGCCUAGGACUUGCCGAUCAGAAGGUUGGCGGUUCGAAUCCCCGCAACAGGGUGAGCUCCCAUUGCUCGGUCCCUGCUCCUGCCAACCUAGCAGUUCAAAAGCACGUCAAAGUGCAAGUAGAUAAAUAGGUACUGCUCUGGCGGGAAGGUAAACGGCAUUUCCAUGUGCUGCUCUGUUUUGCCAGAAGUGGCUUAGUCAUGUUGCCCACAUGACCCGGAAGCUGUAUGCCGGCUCCCUCAGCCAAUAAAGCGAGAUGAGCGCCACAACCCCAGAGUCGGUCACGACUGAGUCGGUCCCUUUACCUUUACCUUUAAUGUGUGGACACUGAGCAUGUGCUGUUUGAACCAAGUGCUGGCAAAAGAGCCUUGCCUCCCUAAUGUCUUCAUCUCAGGCUGCUGUGAAAGGCAGAAGAGCAGGGCUGGGAGAGAAAGGCUGGUAACCCUGCUGGCUUGGCAAGAAGAUGCUGGGCCGUCUACCUUGCCAAAUGACCCCCAAAUGACCCCCACAUUUGGCUUCUUGUCAGAUGAGGAUCAAACCAGCAACCGCCGCCCAGACCACCAACCUCUUGCAUGCACCUGUGGCACAAUGCUAACCUCUCCUCUUUCCUUCCUGUGACUCCCCAGCGUUCAGAAUCUAAGUUGGUAUCAAAGCGCCCGGACUAACGGCUCCCCCACAGAAACCAGGUUCGCCUUUUAACUCCAUUUCAAGCUGCAAGGCAUGGCCGCAGCUUAGAGGCUUAGUGUUUGUCUGCUCCUCAGCUUGCGCUGCUUGCCAAACUGGUGUGGGGCCUGAAGCAGUCCUGGGCCCCACAUUUCCAGAAGACCCGCCUCAUGCCUGGAAGAUGCCUGCCAUUAUUUUCUUGAACCCUGUUUGUACAGGGAGAAAUACGUACAAGUUAUCCUGCCCUUGAUUUCUGCACCUACAGCCAGGGCGGAGGGGGGGAGGGGGGAUUGUGCAAAGUGGGUGAUAGCCCAGGAAGGCAUAAUCUGAAGCAGAGCUCCCCAGGGCUCAGCCUCAGGAAAUGUGGAAGAAUCACAAUGUGUCUCUGAGCAUGUGCAGUGUGCCCAUCCCUCACCUCUAAGUAUCCACGGCCCGGCCAUUCCCACCACCUGAGUUAUUUAAUGCUGAUUUUAUUUAUUUUUAAAAUUAUUUUAUUUUAUUUAUGUUACUGUUUUGAGAGGACACGUGGCGGGCAGGUGUGGAGAACUCCCUUGUCCUGAAAGGGGUAACUGUGCCCCUGAAGGACCAGGUGCACAGCUUGGGAGUCAUUUUGGACUCUCAGCUGUCCAUGGAGGCGCAGUUCAAUUCUGUGUCCAGGGCAGCUGUCUACCUGCUCCAUCUGGUACGCAGGCUGAGACCCUACCUGCCCGCUGACUGUCUUGCCAGAGUGGUGCAUGCUCUGGUUAUGUCCUGCUUGGAAUACUGCAAUUCACUCUAAGUGGGGCUACCUUUGAAGGUGACCUGGAUACUGCAACUAAUCCAGAAUGUGGCAGCUAGACUGGUGACUGGGAGUGGCCGCCGAGACCAUAUAACACCGGUCCUGAAAGACCUACAUUGGCUCCCAGUAUGUUUCCGAGCACAAUUCGAAGUGCUUGUGCUGACCCUUAAAGCCCUAAACGGCCUUGGUCCAGUAUACCUGAAGGAGCGUCUCCACCCCUGUCGUUCUGCCCAGACACUGAGGUCCAGCUCCGAGGGCCUUCUGGUGGUUCCAGCACUGUGAGGUUACAGGGAACCAGGCAGAGGGCCUUCUCAGUAGUGGUGCCUGCUAUGUGGAACGCCCUCCCCUCAGAUGUCAAGGAAAUAAACAACUAGCUGACUUUUAGAAGACAUCUGAAGGCAGCUGCCGAGAGUGGCUGAGGAAACCCAGCCAGAUGGGCAGGGUAUAAAUAAAUAUUAUUAUUAUUAUUAUUAUUAUUAUUUAUUUAAACACUGAUUUUAACAUUGUAUUUUGCUGUAACCUGCCCUGGGACCCUGUGGAGAAGGGUGGGCAAGAACUUGUAGUAGUAGCAAUAAUAAUAAUAAUAAUAAUAAUAAUAAUAAUAAUAAUAAUGGAGGCUACCUCAAUUAGAGGAGAAUCCUUCCAUCUGCAGACAGCAUAGGAGGUUGCCUUAUCCUGAGUCAUACAGCUGCUCCAUUUAGCUCAGUAUUGUUUAGGACAGCCCACAUGGCACCCUCCAGUUGCUGUUGGCUUAAUGUAGAUUCGAAAAGACAUUUCUGCUCUUUGAGCCAGCUCCCCCCUCUCUGCUUUGCUUUCUGUCGUUCGCAGCAGGCUGCUCAUGUGACUUCCUGCCCAUCUCAAACCCAGAGUGUGCGGCUGAUUGGGAUUGUGGCCAAAGGCCUCCACAUCCGCAGAGAAGUUCGGGGGGGGGGGAGGAAAGUGUCUCUGGCUCUUCCCCUAUUUACUGCCCUUUUAUUUCAUUUCCCCCUGCAGGCUUGCAAACGCUUCGGGCACCAUCACGCUCAAAUGCAAAGACUUGAAAAUUCUGCAGCUGGAGAUUCCUGGGAUGGAGGAGUGUCUUAAUAUUGCCAGCUCCAUUGAGGUGAACAACAUGCCCAUCCCAUGUAGCUUUAUCUGAACUCGGAUGUAGAUAAAUGCCCUCUGAACAUGCGCAGAGUGCCUGUCAUUGCCACAGCCAGCCCACAAAUUCCUUGGAAAAAGGUAGCAGGGAUGGUCCCUUCUGCCUCUGCACCCCCUCUAUAACGGUCAACUUUCCCCCUUUUUUAAGGGAAAUUCCCUUAUUCCGAAUAGGAUUCCUCGCAAGAAAAGGGAAAAGUUGACAACUAUGACCUCCUCCAAUGGUAGAUUAAAUUACCUUGGCCUUUGAGGGAAGGAAAAGCACUUUGUAGCAGCUCAAAAUGACAACUAGAGGGUAGGAUGAGUAACUGAGGUUCCCCUUCUCUCCCCCAAAUCAUAACAGGAAGGCAAAGACAUAACUUAAAUUCUGGUUCUAUUUUAAAAAAAUCUGUAAGUGUGGAGGGUCCAAGUUGAGCCUGUGAGUGUCAGUACCUGAAUCUACACUGCUAUGGUGGCCCGCAGCCAGCAUUCCUGACCUGGGGUUGCUAGCUUGAGUGGCCUACUCUCUCGACCAGCCAAAGGGGCAGGAGGCUUUGCUAGACCAGACCUAUCCCCUCCAGAAAAGCAGAUCUCGCUGGUGCAUUUGUAUGGAUGAUGUACACCAGCCUUCUUCAACCAGGUGCUCUCCAGAUGUAUUGGACUACAACUCCCAUCAACCCCUGCUAACACAGUGGUUGUGUUUGUAGCCAGAAAUAUCUGGAAGUGCUGACUUGGGCUGACCUGCCAUUCAAAACAUCUGCAGGGCCCUAGGCACACACACACACACACACACACACACACACACACACACACGGGUCCAGUGCACGUCACUAUAAACCAUAGUUAAUGGUUAGUCAUGCAUGCACUAAGCUGGGCUGUUGUGCACUUCCCCAGUCACACUUAGGAGAAACAAAUGAUCCCUGGCUUAGCGUAGUUUCAGUCCCAAACUAUAAUCAGUAAUCCAAGAACAAACGAUUUCACUGUUGAAUAGCUCUUACCACUUAUAAUAAACUACUCUCUUCUUGUAAUUUGGAUCCUUUGUUUCAGAUCCUUCCCUCUGGAGCAGCAGAAAACAAGCUUGCUCCAUCUUCCAUGGGACAGCCCUUCAGAUAUUUGAAGAUACCAUAUUUUUUCAUGUAUAACACGCCCCUGUCUAUAACAUGACCCCCUAUUUUGGGGGACUCAAAGUUAAGAAUAGGGGAGGGGAUUGACCAGAAUUGUUGAGCUUUUUGUGGGGGGAGUUGCUCAGAGUUGUUGAGUUUUUUUGGGGGGGGGGAUGGAUGCCCACACUUGUUUAGCUUGGGCGGGGGGGGGGGGGAGAUUGCCGGAAAUUACUCACCAUAAUGACUGGCCCAGACGAUAGCACACGUCGUAGAAGCCAACUGUCGCCUCCCGGUUGCCGCUAGCAGCAGCAAAUCGUAUUCAUGAUUGGCGCACCAGCAGCCAAUCAACAGCGACCCUUGACGCAGCCAACAAACAGGCGUGGCUACAACCAAUUGCCCAUCACCCCUCAGCACUACCCAUGUAUAAGACGACCCCAAAAUUUUAACAUGGUUUUGGGGUAAAAAAACAACAACCUAGUCUUAUACAUGGAAAAAUACGGUAUUUGACAACCUCUCAGUUGUCUCUUCUGCAGGCUAAACAUACCCAACUCCCACAGAUUAGGGAUCAGCAACAGCUUGCCCUCUGCCCAAAAUUCAGCCUCAUGAACAAUGCAGGGAGCCAACCCAAAAGGGAAAAGAGAAACCAAGGCAAUGGGAUUUGUCUGAAGGCUAUUCUGCCCAGGGUUGGGAGAAGUGACUUGCUCCCCACCAUUCUCUGUCUCCUUUGUCAGCCUGGGUCUCUGGUGAGGCCAGUUUCCGACCAGCCUGCAGCUGCAACUAUCUUCUACCCCACCCCACCCCCCCAAAAAGGAAGAAAAACUAAUGAAGUGCCGCAGUAUUGCCAAUCAACACAUUUUCCCCAUCUUUAUAACAGCAACUUUUAUUUAUUGGAUUUCUUCCAGGGAACUCAGGGCAGCCUAUGUUGCUUUCCCCAGCCCACGACCCUUUUUAUUCCCAGAACAUAUGAGAAGCUCCAGGUCACUGACUCAUGGCCACGCGUCAGAAUUGGAACCCAGGUUCCGUCUGAUGCUGUGACCACAAAGGACCCCGUUGAUAGGAAAGGGGGAAACUUGCACCUCCCAGGCACAUACCUGAGUUGCUCCCAUGCAGGCGGGGGGCGGGGCAGCUUUGCCUUACAAACACUGGCCUUAGAACAUGGGUAGGCAAACUGAGGCCCAGGGGCCGGAUCUGGCCCAAUCGCCUUCUAAAUCUGGCCCACGGACGGUCCAGGAAUCAGCAUGUUUUUACAUGAGUAGAAUGUGUCCUUUUAUUUCAAAUGCAUCUCUGGGUUAUUUGUGGGGCAUAGGAAUUCGUUCAUGAUUAUUUUUUCCAAAAUAUAGCCCAGCCCCCCCACAAGGUCUGAGGGACAAUGGACCAGCCCCCUGCUGAAAAAACUUGCUGACCCCUGCCUUAGAAGCACCCAGAAGUGACUGGGGGGUGUUGCAAGACUGGCUGCAGGAGGGGCUGGCUUGCAUCCCGCAGGCAGCACAGAAAGGCUCUCUGGCUCUUUGGCAAGAGUUGCUGCUGGCCUGUUUAUUUGUUCGUCACUAACCCACUAGCAAAGGCAGCCUCUGUUCACCUCGGGAUUUCCUUGUUGGAAGGCAAACAAUACGGAGAGGUGGAAAAGCAUGAAAAAGAUCCAAGUUAUUUUUCCACAUCAGGCACCAUUAACCCUUCCAGAGGGAUGUCCCUGAGCAGCAAGGCAGCGAUGGCAGGAAAGGUCAUCACUUCCCCAGGAUCCAGUUCUGAGAAGCCAGAGCUGCGCAUGCAGUACAAUUCAGAAUGUCAUGCGAGAUGCACUCAAGGCCACCAAUGCUGCCUUGACUGCUCAACGACAUAGAGUUGCAUGGGCAAUGCAAAACACUAACGCCCAGACACACACCCCAGUAUUAUUAUUUUGCAGUAUCUCCCUCUCUGGCUUCUGGGAUGCUUGCCCAUAUGGUUUCAAGCAUCUCUUUGCAGCCAUAAGGACUAUAAUAUCUUCUUCUUCUUUUUAGAGUAAAAGCUGGCACCCUGAUGCAUCAGCCCAGCCUUGCUCUAUCGUUAACAGCACCAAACAGAAAAAGGGUGGGGAAAUAGCCUGCAAGAUAAAGAGAGAGUGCUUUGGUGCAGGAGAACGCACACAUCCAUCUGACAAUUUUCCCUGCACAAACUCUUGGCUGCUGCAACUCAUGAAGCUCAGGGCUUUCAAAUUAUUAUUAUUUCUAAAAUUUAUAUACCGCUUGAUUGUUUAGAAACCCUCAAAGCAGUUUACAAAAAUAAUUCUAGACACUGGAGAUGUUUUAAGUCUGUGCCGCUCCCUCUUCCCCAUGGUUGGCAGACCCAGAGCCCCUUAAGCAGGUUGUUUAGGUAAGUGGCAGCGGCGGGGUGUGUGGGGGCGCUGCUGGUUCGAAAAGACACAAUUUGUCUCGACCAGCCUUCACCAACCCGGUGCCAUCUACAUGUUUUGGACUACAACUCCCAUGAGCCUCAUGCUGGCUGGGGCCGAUGGGAGCUGCAAUCUGAAACAUCUGGAGGCCCCCAGACUGGUGAAGGCUAAGUGUGGGGAAAGCUCCUGGGGAUGAUCCACCGCCCUUGUUCUCUCGCAGGCCCUCUCCUCCGUGGAGUCAGUGAUGAUGACGUACCCCUUCUUCUACAGACCCCAGAACAUGAAGCUGGAAGACGGGUGGGGGCUGCACCACCUUGAGGAAUUCUACCAGCAAAUAGCUGCAGAUGUGAGUCACGAGGGUCUGUGGUUUUGCAGAGGCAGAGAAAAGCAGGGGUGACGGCUGGGGGGGCAACUUUCCUCCCCUCCAUGUCCAAAGGAGCAGCACCCCUUCACUCCCUGCCAGCCUUGCAGUUAGUGUGGACCACAAGCCAUAUUGCCCAGAGCACACACACACCAUUCACCCUGGCACCCAUCAAAAUGUCUCCUCUUCCCCUAGGGCAUGGCAAGCAAUCCCACCCGAUAGCCAACUCUUGACCCUGAACUGCCUCCUCCCCAUAUCCCAUAAAGGGUGGGGUGGUGGGACAUUUAGUCCCUGGAGGGGACACCCAACUGGAUGACAGCAUCAAAAGAAACAGUAUUCUACUUGCCACUGGACUUGACAAUUUCCAGAUAAAAUUUCCUUUUUUUUUCAAAUUUCCUUUUCAUUUUACACUUGAAACAAUAACAUUUCAAAUAAAAGAAACACACAAUUAAUAUUGACUUCCCUUCACCACCACCCCUUCCAUGGUGCAUUUUAUUACUUUCUUUUCCAUUACUUAAUUCUAACUUCUCCCUAUAUCUUAUUUUCUACUUGACACUGGACCUGACAAUUUCCGAAUAAAACUUCCAUUUCAAAAAAUGACCAGCUAUAUAGAAUCUACCUUAAAAAUUGUAUAUAAUCAUUUAUUUUAUCUACAUAUGAUUAAACCUGAUUAAAUGUAACUUUUUUUUAAGGCUGCUAUUAUAACAAGGGGUCCUCCAACUUAACUGCCCUGAUCCUUUCCUUUGGCCUGAAGUUUCAUUGCAGUUUAAAGAAAACCACACCACGCACACACACAGAUACACCAACCUGCCACUGUGGGGCUUGGCGGACACACACCAAAAACAAUGGGGAGGCUGAGGGAGGAGCUCAGUGCCAAACAAUUGGGCUGCUUCUGGCUGAAGGAGAGCAGUUCCAGACCUCUGCCUUGCAGGCUACGAGAAACAAUCUGACGUUGACCCACUUCCCAGACAGGUGCCUGGAGGCUCAGCUACGUCAAUGAGGAUUUUGGGGCCUGCUCCAGCUACCCACCCGUUGUCAUCGUGCCAACCAAAGUGGAGGAGGGAGCCCUGAGAGAGAGUGCCCGCUUCCGUCACGGGGGACGAUUCCCCAUCCUCAGCUAUUACCACAAAAAGAAUGGGACUGUGAGUCCAGUGUCUCUUUCCUGUACCCAUCUUCCCACAGACAACCCACUCCUAGUUUCUUGUGUUAUUCUGCGGUGGCGAGUAGUGGCAGCGGAGCUUCAGAAAACAAGCUUGCCUGUUUUGUCUGAAGCUGAGCAAGUUAUGCAAAAAAAAAAAGCAUGUCACUUAUUUGGUAAAUUAGUAAGCUGCCCUUUGGAGCAAAAAUUAGGCAAGAAAUGGUGCAAUGUGAACUUGCAUAACUGAUGCACAGUUGUAAUCUGUCGUGCAGUUACAUUAGGAAGCUCCCUUGCCAUGAGCCAGACCACUGGUCCACUAGUGAAAAUAGUCCUCUGCUCAAUUAUGGUCUGGGAAAGAAUACAGGAAGGGAGCCUGAUGCAAAGUCUAGCCAGCUCAGCAGCUCUCUGGGGUUUCAGACAGGGGUGCCCUUUCCCAGGCCCAUCAGAGGACUGAACCUGGACCUUUUGCAUGAAAGCAAAAGGACUAUCCUCUUUAAAAAGAUACUGUGGCAUUUGAAAAGGUUCAGAAAAGGGCAACCCAAAUGAUCAAGGAGGGAAUGGAGAGCCUGCCCUGUGGAGAAAGGUUGCAGCGGGUGGGACUUUUCAGUAAGAGGCGACACGGUAGGAAUUUAUAUAAUUCUGCAUGGUAUGGAGAAAGUGGGAAGAGAAAAACUCCCCCCCCCCUCUCUCUCAUAACACUAGAACUUGCGAAGUUGAAUGUGAGAAGAUUUAGGACAGAUAAAGGAAACUCCUUCAAGCAGCUAUGGAGCUAUGGAACACACUCCCUCAGGAGGCAGUGAGGGCCACCAACUUGGCUGGGCAAAUUCAUGGAGGUCAUGGCUAUCAAUGGCUACUAGCCAUCAUGGCUGUGCUCUGCCUCCACAGCCAGAGGCAGAAAUGCUUCUAAAUACCAGUUCCUGGAAACCGCAGAAGGGCUGACACUGGUCAGCCACUGUGAGAACAAGAUGCCGGGCUAGAUGGGCCAACAGGCUCUUCUUCUGCACUUUACUCCUGAGCUAGAGCCGCCCCUGUUGCAAAGGAUAUUAUUAUCAUUAUUACCACCUCAUGGAAUUUAUACACCACUUGAUUGUAAAAGCAAAACAAAAUCAGAGUCGUUCACAAAAAAUAAAAUAAAAUCAUCAAUGAGAAAAAUUAACAGCAAUAAUUUAAGACUUCCGGAAAGCUAAAACAGCAACAGACUAAAAACAGAUGAGAAAAGAUUGACUCCCUUGGCCCCUAUGGCAGUGUUCCUGCAGGGAUUUGCAACGGCCGCUGCAGGGCAAGAGAGCAGAAAAGAACUGCUCCAGUGCCGCCACAGAAGCCCCCUCGCCCCCACUAUCCUUUUCAUGUUGCUUUGGCAGGUGAUGCUCCGCAGCAGCCAACCGCUGGUGGGGCCCAACCGGAAGCGCUGCCGGAAGGAUGAACUGCUGCUGCACGCUGUGCUGGCAGGUGGGGACCGGGGCUUUGUCCUGGAGACCAGGUCAGCGCAGGCAGCCAAGCAGGCAAGGAUGCUGGGGGGAGGCACAGAGCACCGGAGCGCCUAUCCUGGUUGGAAGAGAUUUCACCGGCCUCUGGAGAGGUGAGCAUGCCCUCUGGGCCCCAGAAAUGAAAUGGGGCAGUAGUUAAUCAGAGCUCAACCGUCUAGCUGAGUGGGUGGCUUUGGGCUGGUGACCGUCUCUCUCAGUCUAACCUACCUCCCAGGGUGGUUGUGAGGAUAAAACAGGGAAUGGGGAACCACAUUUGUAUAAACUCCCUGCAGGAAAGGUGCGGUAUGAAUGUGAGAAAUAAAAUAACAAGCAGGGCAUACCAGGGCACAAAUGGAAUGAAAAACCGAUUUUGAAAGAAAAGUCGAUUUUAAAAGAAAAAGUCCAAGAGAAGGGAAGAGAUUGAUGUUCUUCUUAAAGUGCAAAGGAGAAUAAGCAGAGCCGGGUGUGGUCUGUGCUUGCUUAUGUGGCUCUGUCUACUUUGCAGGCAUCACCUGGUUUACAGGUAAUUUCUUCUGCUGAGAUAGUACAGGAAAUAUCACUGAUGAUGGGCCUGGGAUCAAAUUACAUAUCUCCAGGUCCCAGACUAAUUUCUUUUUUAUUCUUUCAGAUCAACAAUUUUAAAAAUACGAUUUCAACAGUACCUACCCCCUCAAAGCUCCAUCUAUAACCAAACAAGUUAAUAGCUCAAAAAGUAAAAGGCAGCUGUGUUGGUCCUUAAUUCUCCUCCUGCCUCAAAUUCAUGAAAAAACCUGAUUGCCAUUUGCUCCGAUUCAGCAGCAGAGCACAGGUUUUCCUAGGGAAAGUGCAGAGACAAAAAACAACAAUACUCAAACAUGGAGCUUUAAAAACACGGCAAAAAGGGAAGUAGGGAUGAGCAGAGGCAUCCAUCCUCCAAUUGUGGAAGGAGAAUGUAGCUUUCAUGGCUAGUAGCCACCGAAUGGCUUAUCCCCCACAUGUUGACCAAGUCUCCUUCUCUCUCUCUCUUUGCUCCUUUCCUGCCAACCCCCCCCCCAGGGGUCGUCCCCUCCAAGAGAGCUUCAUCAAGCUGGUGGAGGCUUGCAAUGACCCAUCCCACAACAUGGACCGCUGGCUGAGCAAGCUUGAAGCCUCCAAAUGGCUGUAUCACGUCAAGGAAGCCUUGAGCACCGCCUGCCUUGCGGCCCAGUGCAUGGACAGGUACUGAUGCAGGCGGGGAGUCCCAGACACCUCCCUCUCUCCCAUCCUCUGCAGCAGGCUGAGGCGACAGGGGCUCAGGUGAACUCUGCAGAGGCAGGCGGAGAAUAGACUAGAAAGGGGGAUUAGAAAGGAGGGGUGAGAAGACGGGAGGAAAGGUCCCUCAAGUAGGACCACAUUUCUGUUGGACUGGGCAGGGUGGUGCCAAGCUACUGAGCAUUCUGCGGCUUGCUUACAGGGAGGAGGCCUGCGUCCUGGUACACGGAGCCGAAGGAACGGACACGACCUUGCUGGUGACAGCCCUUGCCCAGGUCAUCCUGGAUCCCAACUGCAGGACACUCGCCGGGUUCCAGGGGCUGCUGGAACGGGAGUGGAUACAGGUACCUGCGCUGGGUGGGGCUUCAAGUGCCAGGGCUCAGUCCGAAGGGUGCCCUGCUGCCCUGCAUCUUCAGAUCCUAUGGGAUUAUCCUCCGCACAUCCUUUAUCUCUGGCUUUACAUACUGACUCUCAUUAUAAACCAGCCUUUUCCACAAAGGAUAAGGCAACCAUUAGCUCCUAAUUGUGAAGGCUGUACGGUAGCCUUGAGCAGAUCUUUCCAUAUGGUGGAUCUUUGCCAGGUCAGUCUACAACUCCCAUCAGCCCCAGACAGCAUGGCUGUAUGAUGCUGGAGUUGAUGGGAACUGGGCCGUGUUAGCAGGGCCUGGUGGGAGUUGUAGUCUAAAAUUAUCUGGAGUCCACCAGAUUGGUGAAGGCUGCUAAAAGCCAUUCAAGCAAGCCUGUGUGCUAGAGGUAUGUGUGGCCAUCACACACAUGUACAUUAAUGUGUGCAUGUGAUUGUGCAUGCAGACAGGAGGCCAUAAGGACUAGCUACCCCCUUUUUAUCUUCCCACCUGCCCACUGCUCCUUGCUCCUCCUCUCCUCCCAGGCUGGGCAUCCGUUCUGCCUCCGCUGCGCCCACUCAGCCUACUCCCACGUCCGUCUCAAGCAUGAGGCGCCCACCUUCCUCCUCUUCCUUGACUGCGUCUGGCAACUGGGGCGCCAGUUUCCCUUAUCACUGGAGUUCAACGAGGGCUUCCUCUUGGCGCUCUUCGAGCACAGCUACGCGUCUCCCUAUGGCACCUUCCUGUGCAACAACGAGAAAGAAAGGUGAGGCAAAAGUUGGGAGAGCGAUACUGAGACUAGAGGCAAAGAGGCUCGGCAGCAGGGCGGGCAUCAAACAGCUUGACCAGGUCUUCAAAAUGUCAUCCAAUGAUUUGAACUGGGAAUUUGAGCUUUCAUAGGCAGCUGCCCUAUAGAGUCAGAUCACUGGCUCAUCAAACUCGGUCCUCUCUACACCAGAGGUGGGGAACUGGAUCCAGCCAGCCAGCCAGAUCCUUAAAUCUCCAUCAACAUGCCCGUGGACAGGAUCCCAGUGAUUGUCAGGGCUUCAAACCAUACAGCUGAGAGCUGAUGGUUGGUUUCCUGUGCCCUGGGCUUUGCUGGCCUGCAAGCCCCUCUUUGGCCCAGUGGCAUCCUUAUUUUUAUAGGGGCAGGUGGGCAAGGCUUGGUCGAAAUGGCCACACAGGCCAAAUGGGGGAGGCCUGGCAGGCCUACUAUGACCGGCAGCAGCUUGCCACAGUUUCAGGCAGGGGUCUUGCCCAGCUGUGCCUUGAGAUGCCAUUGACUGAACAGGGGACCGUCUACAUGCAAAGUAGAUCUUCUGCCACUAAGCUAUGGCCCCGCACUGCCAGAAGGUAUACAGGUGUCCUGCUCCUGAACUGUGACUCCUCCAAUCUAAUGGCAGUCAGGGCUAGGAGAAAAAUUGAUGGCAACAGCUCAAGUGUUCACAGCAAGCUCACACAAUCAAAAGGCCAUGGGACAUUCCAAUGCAACUCUUGCAUUGUUACUGGCUCUUAUAAAUUACAGCGCCACAUGGUGGAGAUGAAGAGCAGGAAAGGCAGCACUUCUGCACCAUGGUAAAGGUAAAGGGACCCUGACCAUUAGGUUCAGUCGUGACCGACUCUGGGGUUGCGGUGCUCAUCUUGCUUUAUUGGCCAAGGGAGCUGGCGUACAGCUUCCAGCUCAUGUGGCCAGCAUGACUAAGCCGCUUCUGGCGAACCAGAGCAGCGCACGGAAACGCCGUUUACCUUCCCUCCGGAGUGGUACCUAUUAUCUACUCGCACUUGGACAUGCUUUUGAACUGCUAGGUUGGCAGGAGCAGGGACCAAGCAACGGGAGCUCACCCCGUCACGGGGAUUUGAACCACCGACUUUCUGAGCGGCAAGUCCUAGGCUCUGUGGUUUAACCCACAGCGCCACCCGCGUCCUGCACCAUGGUAGGUGCCCCUAAAAAGAACUAUCCCUGUGCAGGUUGAGUGAUUAUAUAAAUCCAGACACACACAAACACAAAUGCAGAGGCUGGUGCUCUUGCUUGCAUUGACCCCCAACCCCACCCACACCUCUGCCAACCACUCCAGCCCCAUCCUUCCCUUUACAUCUCCCCCAAGCCCCCAUCCUCACACAGCUCCUGUGUCCCACAACCCCUGCUUUAUUCAAACCUCUGCUGUUGUUUAAAACCACCAUUUUUAAACCUGCCUAUUCUUUUGCUCCCCUCUCCCAUCCUGGCCUCAUGCAAAACCAGGUUUGUAGUGUGGCACUACAAAUCCUCUAAUGGAGACUGUGUGGUGACACCCUUACAUUUUUAUGUGUAUAGGAGAGAGCAACAGGCAAAGAGAAAACACACACACACACAAUCUACUUUCACAGGGAAAUGUCACCAUCAGGUGAGAAAUUGCCACCGUGCUUUCAUGGUUACUCGUUCUUACGGAUGCAACCCCCACUCUGUGGUGAAACAGAGAUGCAGCCACAAGAUGGGAGGGGCACCCAAAAGCUAGAAGUACAAAACAGCUUAUGCACAUCCGAUUGCAGUUGCUCACAUCAGCUCUCUCUAUUGUCAAGAUCUCAGGAUUCACUGUCAUUGUAGAUCUCAGGAUAGGAUUGGGGAACUCGCGGCCGUCUUUCAUUCUCUAUCACUGGCCACAUUGGCUGUUGGUGGGAACCACAAGGUCUCCCUCCUUGCCCCAACAGGAGUGCUCAAGUUUCUGGUUCAGACCCUCCCAGCCAGCCAGACCUUCCCUCCAGGGUUCCGCUCCUAUCCCCAAACUGCAGGGUAGUUCAACAUGUGCAGCACCUGUGUAUUAUAUUAUUAAACACUUCUCCACAUUCUAGCAUAGCCUUUACCAACAAGGUUUCUUCCAGAGGUUGGUGAAGACUGUUCUAGCUCAGACCUACCCCGCAAGAGGGACUAAAAUGUCACCAUCUCCCCCUGCAGGAAGCUCUGUGAUGUGAAGGAGAAGACGCACUCACUCUGGCCCUGGCUGAACAGCAAAGGGGAGGAGUUCCUGAAUCCGCUCUAUGCACACAACCCCUUGGUUAUCUGGCCAUCGGUGGAGCCCCAAAGUUUGCUUCUCUGGCAAGGUAGGAUAGAUAAGCCCAUUCUCUCUCAAAAUAGGGACAUCAAUUUGCUUUAUUUGGACUCUGUGGUCUGUAACCAAACCCAAGCCCCCCACCAUAUCAGGACAGAAUUAUGAGAGGAAUUCAAUAUAGCACUAAAACAAAUGUUUCAUCAGCACAAGCAUUUCUGGUUACAUGAUGGAAAAACCUCCUCUCUCCUUCCCCCAACUUGUUUUGAAGCAUAGAGGGAGUAGGGGAAGGCCCACUGCACUAGCAGGAACCCAGUGAGGGCAAAUUUUCAGUCUUCUUGAGGACUUGAAAAAAAAACAACCAUCGUUUUGUGUGGACAACUUGGGGGGGGUUCCUUUUAAAGAAACUUUAAUUAACUUUAGCCAUUUCUCUUAUACAUUGGGGUUUCAAGGAACAUUUCAUUUUAGUCCUUUGCCAUUGUGGUGCAAUCAAAUUGUCAGUUUAACCUUUUAUUGCAUAAUUUCACUGACUGAUUCGGAUUAUGCUACAACAUGCCCAUUUGGGAUAUCCAAAUACCUUUCCUAUUCCUUCAGCUGUGGCAUUUUACUCGAUAUUCCUCUUCCAGACUAUUACUGUUAUGGUAAUACUGCUACCAUCCCAAUCAAAGCAAGAGCCCAGAGUCGAAGGGGAGUAGAAGAGGAAAUAUCUUUAAUUACUACUUUUUCAACCUGCUGUAUAUGGGGAUAUAGAUAUUAAUCUAACAAUUUCCUACAGGCUUAUUCCUCCGCUGGGUCCGCUCAUCCCACCAUCUAGAUGACGCAUGGGGAGAAAUUCAGAAAAUAGUGAAGUCCACACAGGAAGACUCAGUGGGAUGGCACUAA